UGCCCAGUCUCUUGCUACCCAGGAAGAGUUAAGUUCUAUGCGUUGCCAGCUCUGCAGACUGUUUGGAAUAGUUUAAAUGCUUUGACACUGGGUCUGUACAGGAUGGCAGGGAGGCAGUUUACUGGGUAAUUCAUAUGCAAAACUGCACUAUAAAUUUCCAAGCUGUCUCAGUUGCCGUGGCACCACGAAGCAUUUCUCCACGUACAGUACAGUAUUUCUGCCAUCUUUGUUUGCAUUGCAGUGAGUCAUCAAAAGUCUGUCUUGCACCAACACCCGGAGCCGUGCAUUCCUCUGGCACCAACGCGCCACUGUUUUUAAAGCUGGGGCUGGGAGCUGGCAUUUACUUCAGCUCCCAAAUCAAAGGCGGCUAUUCAUUCCCGAGAGCUGCCUGGAUGUUCGUCUGCAUCCGGCUGCUUCAUUGAGAUGCUGCGCGCUGCCCGGGAGAGCCGGCCUGGGUGCAGCUGAGCUGCGGCCGCUGAGCCCAGCGCCCAGCUCUCUGCCACCCCCACCCCUCCUGCAGGGCUCCUCACGCCCUCCCCACCUCAGGGUUCCUUGCUGCAUUCCCCGAGCAGCUGGCGGGCCGGUGUGCGGGAGCCUGCUGCCAGGCUGAGUGGGCAGUGUCUGCCGCCGGCCACAGCCGCUGAAGAUGUGCCUCAUCCAGGCUGCCCCACGUUGAGUCUGAGACCCACCCACCACAGCACCCACCAUGUCUCAGAUGCUGCACAUCGAGAUCCCCAACUUCGGGAACACAGUGCUUGGCUGUCUCAACGAACAGCGCCUGUUAGGCCUCUACUGUGAUGUGUCCAUCGUGGUCAAAGGCCAGGCCUUCAAGGCCCACCGUGCCGUCUUGGCCGCCAGCAGCCUCUAUUUCCGAGACCUCUUCAGUGGUAAUAGCAAGAGUGCAUUCGAGCUGCCGGGCACGGUGCCGCCUGCCUGCUUCCAGCAGAUUCUGUCCUUCUGCUACACAGGUAAGCUUACCAUGGCGGCCAGCGAGCAGCUCGUGGUCAUGUACACAGCCGGCUUCCUGCAGAUCCAGCACAUCGUGGAGCGGGGCACAGAUCUCAUGUUCAAGGUGAGCUCACCCCACUGUGACUCGCAGACCGCCAUGAUCGAAGAUGCCAGCUCGGAGCCCCAAAGUCCCUGCAACCAGCUGCAACCGGCCACUGCUGCCUAUGUCACGUCUCCUUCUGUGCCCAUCCCGCUUCUGACCCGUGUAAAGCAUGAAGCUAUGGAGAUGCCGCCGGCCAGUGGCCCGGGCCUGGCUUCUAAACGCCCACUAGAGACGGGCCCUCGAGAUGGUGUGGCAGUAGCUACAGGUGCUGCAGGGACACCUGGCACGGCCCCUCUGAAGCUGCCUCGAGUCUCCUACUAUGGUGUGCCAAGCCUGGCCACUCUCAUCCCCAGCAUCCAGCAGGUACCCUAUCCCCCGGGGGAGCGGACCAGUCCUGGGGCCAGCAGCCUGCCCACCACUGACAGCCCCACCUCCUACCACAACGAGGAGGAUGAAGAGGAUGACGAAGCCUAUGAUACCAUGGUGGAGGAGCAGUAUGGCCAGAUGUAUAUUAAAGCCACAGGAAACUAUGCAGUGCAAGAGAAACCAGAGCCAGUGCCCCUGGAGAGCCGCUCCUGUGUCCUCAUCCGUCGAGACCUGGUGGCACUUCCUGCCAGCCUCAUCAGCCAGAUUGGGUACCGCUGCCACCCAAAGCUCUACUCAGAGGGAGAUCCUGGAGAGAAACUGGAGCUUGUAGCAGGCUCCGGGGUCUACAUCACACGUGGCCAGCUCAUGAACUGCCACCUGUGUGCAGGGGUGAAGCACAAGGUCCUGCUGCGGAGGCUCCUGGCCACCUUCUUUGACAGGAACACACUGGCCAACAGCUGUGGCACUGGCAUUCGCUCCUCCACCAGUGAUCCGAGCCGAAAGCCACUGGACAGCCGAGUCCUGAACGCUGUGAAACUGUACUGUCAGAACUUUGCCCCCAGCUUCAAAGAGAGCGAGAUGAACGUGAUUGCCGCAGACAUGUGUACCAAUGCUCGCCGUGUCCGUAAGCGCUGGCUGCCCAAGAUCAAGUCCAUGCUUCCAGAGGGUGUGGAGAUGUACCGUAGCGUCAUGGGUGCGUCGGCCGCCAGCCUGCCUCUGGACCCCGAGUUCCCAUCUGCGGCUCCACAGGUGUUUGAGCAGCGCAUCUAUGCUGAGCGACGAAGUGAUGCAGCCACCAUCGUGGCUCUGAGAACUGAUGCGGUGAAUGUCGAUCUGAGCACUUCAGCCAACCCUGCCUUUGAGGCUAAUGAGGAGGUGGAUGGGGGUGGCUCUGUUAUCCAGGAGGUGGCUGCCCCAGAGCAGCUGCCCGCUGAUGGCCAGAGCUCCCCUCAGGCCUUUGAGCAGGGCAACACCAGCUCCAGUAGGCCUCAGACACCAGUGGCCACAGCAACAAGAAGGCCAGAGGGCACCUAUGCAGGGACCUUGUAAGUGGCCGGCAAGGCCAGCUCACAGGAACCCAGUACUAAAGCUGCUUGCAUGCGUUACUAAUACAAACAAAUGUGAUCAAGCCACUUACCUACUGAACUGCUACUGCUGCCUGACAAAAAUGUGAUUUUUAUUCUGCCUGUAUUUAAAAUGGAUGAAGGAAACAAAUGCAUUCAUUAUACUGUAAACAUUUAGGCCGCUGGCCACUCUCUGGGACAAAGGUCCCAGGGCAACUUUUUGAUAUUCCCCAGCUCAGUCUCCCGUGGUAGUGUUCUCUCUCCCUUCUUGGGGAGACAGAAGAGGGCACCGGGUCCCUGAUGUCCUGCCCUGACCCUGCCUCAUCCACCCUUCUUAUUCCCCUGCUCUGAAAGCAGAAGCUGGGGCAGCAGUGGCCUGGGGCUGGAGGGGCAGACACGACACUCCAUUCUUAACCAUAAGGACCCCACUGGGACAGUGGGGGGAAUGCUGGGCCCCCAGAGGCCAGACUUCUCUUGUUUUCAUUCCUCCGAAGAAGCUGCCUGCGUGCAUGUAUGUAUGCGUGUGUGUGUGUGUGUGUGUGCGUGUGUGUGUGUGUGUGUGUGUGUGUGUGUGUGUGUGUGUGUGCAUGUGUGUGUAUGAGUAUGUACGCACACACACAUGAGUGAGAGAGACAGAGAGAGAGAAAGAGAAAGAGGGGGGGCAGGAAGACCAGUGAUGGCCCUGCAGUAGCUGUGGCUGGUCAUCUGGGGGUGGGGGAAAGAUGAGGUGUUCCCCCCUCCAUACCUGUGUCCUCACUCUGCUCCACCCAGACCCCCAGCGGCUGGCCUGCUGAUCCCCCCAGGGUCUCUCUGCCCCUGGCCAUGGCUGUCCUCACCACCCUCUGCCUCUCCAGCCACUCUGGGAUUUUGCUUGUUUGCUGUUUUUGUUUAGUUCAGAUCUAUUUUGUUUGUGGUUUGGAAACUUUCAGACCGAACAGAGAAAAAAAAAAAAAAAAAAAGAAAAAAAAAAAGCGAGAGACUAGUGUCCCUGUUCCCAGCCUGCUGUGGAUUUGGGUGAAUACAUGUCCAUAACCCCCAUCUUGGCCUCCCAUUGGAGGCAGAGGGGCCCAGGAAAGUAUAGCUAUCUGUGUACAGCCAAGCUAGGCCCCUGUGGACCUGGCCAGCAGGACACUGCUGCCUGGGGUGGGCUUAGCGCUCACUGUGGGUGCCCGUGUAGUGGAAGGCACAGGCCCUACAGGCCUGGGCCAGGGCAGUUGGCAGGUGUGGAUCAACCUCACUGGGGACCAGAAACUUAGACUAUCACGAGGACGGCACCUGUGGGGGCCGUGGAGGACUGCUGGUGGGUGAGAAGCUGGCGGUUUAUCAUUUUAAAGUGUGGGAUAUGCUCCCGAGGCUACUUUCCCAAGUGUCUCCUCUUGGACUCUUGUCUGAGGACUGCCUGCCCACCUGCAAAACCUAGCAGCUGCUGAGGUGCCCAAGGACACCGACUAUAACAAACUUGAAAGGUCUCGUCCCUAUCCCUCUAUGCAUCUUGAGUUUGCUGCCCUAUGAACCCCCCACUGUGUGCCCACAGUCAGAGCAGUCUUUUCCCCAUUGGAGGGUAGGAGGCCUGAGGUGCAGUUUAGACUCCCUCUGUGUCACAGCCUCCUUUUUGCAGGCAAUUCCCUGUCUUGGGGGCCUCACAGGGAGACCCCAUACUGUGCUGACUAUACACGUCAAUUCAUGUAUAGUCCUAUCUUCCCCCUCCCCUCUUUUGGAAGACCUGUGGUGUGGAGAGGGAAAGGGGCAUCAUGGCAGGCACUGUGGGAACUGAGCUGAGCCCCUCCCCCUGCUCCUUGGUAACCCAAGGCCUGCAUUCCUAGGGCCGGUUCAGAGGCUAGCUAAUAUCCAGCUCAGGAACUAGCUGCCCAGAGAUGGACCUCUCACCUCUCCCAUUUCCAUCUUACUCCUAGGUAGGUUGGAGCCCCAGCCAGCCCUUUAGUGACUUGGACCAAACCCUCCUGGUGCUGGGUGAAGACCAUAGAACUGUAGAGGGUACGGCAGGAUUGGGGGCAGGGCUGUGCCCUUCCGCUCUGGAAUAUCCCUUCAUCUGCUUCCUCCACCCAAAUUUGCACUUUAAUUUGACCAUCCUUGGGGACCUUUGGGAGACAAACCCACCUAUUUUGGUUGGUGGUAGAAGGGCUCUUUCUCAUCCCUCCACUCCAAGAUGAGCAUGGUCCCACCCUGGGCCAGCAUAGGGAGGGUGCCGCUGGCCAUUAGAGGAACAGUGGCCGCACAGAAUGCCUGACCACUGCUCGGGCUAGCACAAUGUCCUCAACCUCUGUCCCUUAGUGUUUAUAAUUGCCAUCUGUUUUGUUCUGGGUAAGGAAGGCAAGAGCUAUAGGUAAAACUUCAAUAAUAUUAAAUGUGAAUGGAUUCUGAGCUCUCCCUGUGCCCCGGGUGGGCCAGACAGAGCGUUUUGCACUAAUGUGUCCCAUUGUGGACGUUGUGGGGAUCGUUUGCAGACAUGCAUGGCCAAUGACUGUACCUGCUUAGGGGAGGGGCACUCCCUCUGCAUCCUGAAUGUACUGCGAGGCAGGCGGGUGGCAGGCCUGGGCUCCGAGGGGCCUUCCAGAGUGCCUUAGCAUCUUUUGAUUAUUUUUUUCAAGGAAAACCAAUUUAAAAAACCAGACUCCCUCCUUUGUUUACAAGAUGACUAAUUCCAGAAUCGGGGCUGUCUUGUCCUGUCACGUGACCCUGACUUGUCCAGACCCUAUAGGUGAGAGCCUCUCAGCAUUUGUCAGAUGUCUACACCUCUGUUCCUAGCUUGACUACUAGCAAUAUGCACAUACUAUGUAGAGUCUAUUGUAGAAACUAUUGCUACAUCAGCAUCUUUGCCAGGACGACAGUCGGGACUGGAUAGGGUUGGAGCUACUGGGACAGAGCUGGAUCCAGCCAUGAGUCUUAUGUCCUCCCAGAGCAGACAAUAGUCCCUGAGGCAGCUGGGACGAAUACAGCAGGUCUGGGGCAAGGGACCAGAGACAGGGCUGAUAGUGUGAGCUUGGAGGUGCUGCCUGUCUGCCCGGCUGUCUCAGUACUUGAAUUCUGUAUUGUUUUCUAUACCAGUUGCUUCAGCUAACAUCUGAUUUGGUGUCUUACUUUGCCCUUGGAUGUAGAUGCAGCCAGUGAUGUAUGAAAGGCAAUUGAGGAGAGACUCUGAGGGGUCCUUUGUGGUGUGACUGCAGGUGUGGGCCUCGAAGAAAACUAGAUGUGUGGUGUUUGUUUAGAACCUAAAGGAAGGCAGAAAGGGGCUGUGAGAGCUGGCAAGCUGACAGGGCCAGUCCCCUCCAAGGGACUGUGGGGUGCCUGCUGCUACCUGCUUCAACAGCAGGACCUUCCCAAGCCCAGUGCAUGUUGUGCUCUGCCCCACUGUCCUCUGCUUGGGUUCCCUAAAGAUGGUGAUUCUUAGCUGACUUGGGGAAGAGCAGGUGGCCUAUCAACCAGCUGAAAACUCGAAAGACCCUGUUAGAACCUGCUUGCCGCAGAUCCCAGAUGGGAAUGGCGACAAGCACAUGAUCUGUCAGCUUUACGCACUUCACUUCGUGGAAAGGUGCUGCUGCUGGGUGGUUCUGCAUGUCAGGCAGCUCAGCCUAUGCUGCUAGAAGAAGGGCUCAGUACAAAGUGUUUCAAAAGUGGCAAAGGUGUUUGCUUUGUUUGUUUUGUUUUCCUAGAAAGGAAAAGGAUGCAGGAUCUAAAACCUUCUGAUUGAAUAGCCUCUGCUUGUGUCCCAUUGGUCCCCUCACUGCAAGCUCGAUUGUGAUUUUUAUGUCAAAGGAAGCCAAAAUUUGCAAUACUAUUUUUAGCAGACAAAAAGAUAACUCGGUAUAAAAUGUAUAAAUAUUUUUGACUUGAACAUUUUGGGUGUCUCUGGGUGCAAGAAGAACAUUAAUCCCUUCAGGGGGAUGUUUGGAGAACAGGACCGGAGGAAGGGGGUUGUUUUGAAGGCACUGUCCAGGGGUUAAAGUAGCAUCAUAAUUCAUGACUGUUAGGAAUUAAGUUAAUAAAGUCAGUGCUCCCCUACCUCUAAGGAGGCCUUCACAGAACCACUGAGCUAGAGCAGACACCACAUCUUGGCUUUCUUUUUAGGGAGGAGGAGGCUUUGGUUUUUGGUUUCUUUUGGUUUCCUUUUGUUUUGUCCCUCCAGCAUCCUCCUCUCUCUGUGCUGUGACCCCCGUAGUGACAAGACUGUUACUUUGUAGCCAUGGCUGAAAACAUUGUAUCUAUAACAACAACAAAAAAUAAAACAAACAAACACAGCUAUGUCCGCAAGCCGACCAGGGAAACCCUAGAGCUUUGAGCCUGUGCUCAGAGCUGUUUCAGAAGUGGAAAUCCAUGACAAAAGGAUGUUCUCGUUAACUGUAAGGCGCUUUGUAAAGUUCACAUUUACAGAAUAAUAAAGUCAAUUCAAACCC